UGGCAGGAUUGUGAUGUCAUUUCCGACAAGUGAUUUGGUUCUUUCUCCCUUUGUGAACUAGUUUAGCAUUUUUCCUUUGGAAGCGCGAAAUUUUAUGUUUACAUUCUUGCAGCGGUAAAACGAUGGCCGCACUUCCGCCCCCGACAGGUCACUGAAAGAAGCAUAAUAGAGCAGCGGCACCAUGUCUGCAGAACUGGACCUAUCUGCUCCAGAGAUCCCUGAACCCACCCUGCUAGAAAGCAUACUGCGCUAUGGGUUAUUUCUGGGUGCCAUCUUUCAGCUUAUUUGCAUCCUGGCUGUCAUCUUCCCCACAUCCAAGGGCCACGAACAGGAGGAGGCCGAGUCCACUGACGUAAAGGCUGCUGAACAGAUGAAGAAACAGAAAGGACCGGCACCUCAGCCUCGACAGAAACCAAAGAAAGAGAGCAAAAAGAAGCGAUAGAUAUCUGUGUGUGCAUGUGUGUGUGUGUGUGUGUCUUACUUGGGGAAUGUGUGUGUUGGGUCAUUGCCAACAUUAUAAGAAUUCAGUUAUCAUUACAAGUAUAACACUAAAAAAAAAGAUGUGUGUUAAGUUUGAGGCUCUAUAGAAAGACCAACUUUGUCCUGUUCAGCAUAACAUUACAAAAAAAAAGCAGACCUGUCAUGGUGCUUACCAACUGUUUAUUCAGUUAUAUACCAUAUUUCAUCAAGUAUGUUUGUUCUACAUUUUUUUAAACGAUUGAAUAUCAUUGGUUGAAUUGUUUGAAUAACAAGACAAAUAAAUGUUCUGUAGUCGUCCA